AUGUGUCUAUAUGACUAUUCCAUGACAUCAUUCAAUUCUAAUAUUUUGGCAUCUUAUUCAUUCAUUUAUUCCAUCACUGAUUUUCUCAAUUAAAAUAAUUCGCAGAAUAAAGAGCUACUAUUUAUAGAAUAAUAAAAUUGUGUAAAUCUCAUAAACUGA